AUGACUUCUCGUUUACUAUCCGAUGACCAACUACUGUUCAUCAACGGCACCUACAGAGCGCCGUCAAAUGGGUCUACAUUUCCCGUGGUCAAUCCCAUGACGGGGAAGCCCAUAUACUCAUGUGCUGGAGCAACUGUUGAUGACUACUCAGAAGCUAUCGAACAUGCCCAUGAAGCCUUCCGCUCGUGGUCCCGCACGCCACCAUCAGCUCGAAGACUAUUUCUUCUUCGCGCUGCCGACAUACUGGAGUCCUAUCUGGACCAAGAUGCACCGGAAAUCUUGUCCUCCGAGGUAUCCGCCGUCAAGAGUUGGGUGCAGCUCAACAUCAAGGCUUCGGCUACUAUUCUUCGCGACACCGCCGGGCUGGUCACACACAUCAAGGGUGAAAUUAUCCCUGCCGACCGGCCUGGAACAAUGAUUCUGGUCGAAAGAUGUCCUGUUGGUGUUGUGUUCGCUAUCAGCCCCUGGAAUGCCCCAGUCAAUUUAACAGCGCGCGCGAUUGCUUGUCCUCUUAUAUGCGGCAAUACAGUGAUCCUCAAACCCUCAGAGUUCUCACCAAAGUCUCAACAUCUCGUCGUACGCGCCCUGCAAGAGGCAGGCCUGCCAGCAGGGUGUCUUAACUUCCUGCCCACCUCCGCAGGCGAUUCUCCGGCGGUCACAGAAUUUGUCGUGAAGCAUCCAAAAGUCUUACGUGUCAACUUCACUGGCAGCGACCGAGUUGGGCGCAUCAUUGCUGGUUGGGCCGCCACCUGCCUCAAACAAUGCGUACUGGAGCUUGGGGGCAAGGCCCCGGUGGUGGUACUUGACGAUGCGAAUAUUACAGAUGCUGUUGAAGCAGUAGUAUUCGGCGCCCUCUCCAACAGUGGGCAGAUCUGCAUGUCAACGGAACGGGUCAUUGUCGAUUCUUCCAUCGCGGCCGAGUUCAAAGCCGCUCUGUUGCAGCGAGUGAAGGCGAUCAAAUAUGGCAAUCACGAAGAAGACGAGUCUGUCUCUCUCUCAGGUCUCUACACAGCCUCAUCCUGCACACGCAUCACUGGACUUAUGCAGGACGCAAUCAAAGAAGGCGCAGAGCUUCUCACCGGCGACCUUGAGUUUUCGGGACCAAACAACACCAUCUUGGCCCCUCACGUGCUCUCAGAAGUUACCCCAAAAAUGGCUGUGUUCCAGAAGGAGACUUUUGGUCCUAUCAUCUGUAUCACCGAGGCAAGUUCGGAUGAUGAAGCCAUUGAGCUAGCCAACAACAGUGAAUUCUCUCUGUGUGCCAGUGUCUUCUCGAGGGACGUCAUGCGAGCCUUGGCCGUGGCUCGACAGGUUCGAGCGGGCAGUUGUCACAUAAAUGGACCGACAGUCUACAUCGAGGCGCCACUGCCCAAUGGUGGUACGGGAGGUAGUAGCGGAUAUGGUCGUUUUGGUGGAAUGGCGGGGGUUGAAGAAUUUACCGAGCGUAAGAUUGUGAGUCUAGCGCAAAGUGGGACGAAAUAUGCCCUAUAA